CCAGAAAUCAGCUCACUAUGAAAACAUCAGAUAAGUUAAUUAAUUUUUUUAUUAUAUUUUUUCUUUAGUUAAUAGUAAAGGUUUUGUUUGCGAAAUCUCUUGAUAUGUAGAACAAUAUCACUUGAUUAUUCAAAUUCUAUUAUUUAUGUUAUAUUUUUAAUAUGUUUUAGUUUACAUCGAAGAAUUGUUGAGGCACUGAUCUCAAUUACUCAAUUUUACUUUUAUGUUUAAAAAAAUAUUUGUGUUUUCAGUUAUUUAUCUGUCUAUUUUCACUUUUAAAUUUCUCAGAGAAAUUUAAGUUAUUUCAAAGCGCAUCUAUAAAAAAAGGUUUAACACAUGGAAAUAUUAUUAGAUAUUAAUAUAAUAAUUAACAUAAAAACAAUUUGAUUAAAAAAACUAAAAAAAUAAUUAAUUUUAAAAAAUGAGAUUUGCUAGUAUCCUCCUACUAAUUUUGGUUGUUUUCUCUUGUAUCUGCAAUGCCCAUGUUUUUGAUGACGACAGUAAUGAUCCAGGAUAUGAUAGAUCUAAAUUAAAAUGCUCGUACAGUGAACCUGGUUGUAAAUGCUUUAAAUUAGUCCCCAAAACUAAAGAGCGUAAAGCACAUCUUAUAUACGUUUGUGAUUUCAAUGAUUGAAAAUGUUGGCUCAUUGUUUAUAAAUUUACUUAGAUUGCAAAAAAAAUAAAAAUAAAUAUGUUUUGAAUAUAAAAUAAAUAUAUAUUUUUCCUUUAUUAUCAUAUCAAUUAAUAAUACUAAAAUUUCAAAUGCAAAUAAUUUAUCAUUUUUACUUAAUUUACAUAAUUUAUUUAUACAUAUCUAUUGCAAAAUAAUACUUUUGAAAAUUUCUUA